AUUAAAUGCGCCAUUAAUCAUGUUUAGGCUCUGAGGAAACGUCGUGUAAUUAAGAGUUAUUUCCCUUCUUCUUCCUGUUUACAUGUUGCUAGCUGAGCGGUUCAGUAUGUCGAAAUCAGAAAAAUAGUUGAUGAAUUUGCUGCUUUUUGCAACAGCUAAUACACUUUUCUUUGCAUUGACAGCUCUAUAGUUUACCUGUUAAUAACAGAGAACAAAGAUGCAUAUUAUAUAAAGUACAGGUUGCCUUUAAUUUUGUGAUUAGUUGGCUUAGCGGUAAAGAAGGUUAGCUGGCAGUGAAGACAAUUUAGCGCUGACAAGAUUUUAAUAGUUCGUUUCGAUCAUAUCCUAAGAUGGCAGAGAGACAGUACCAUUUGAAAUUCGGUGGAAAUGCUGGCGCAUCAGUUGAUGCUUACCUGGAAUAUAAACGGAUAGUUGGGGAAGAUGAUGGUGGUGUCCUGUUUACACCUGAGCAGUAUGAAGCUUACAAGAAAAAAGUUCUGCCAAUGCGUCUUAAAAACAGAAUAUUCACAGCAUGGGCAGCUCCAAGUGGCAUGGACUGCAAACUUGUAGGUCCAGAAACAAGCUGUUUUUGUACUCAUAAAUACUCUAGUCAUAAGACAGAUUUUGAGAAUAUACCCGAAGAUCGCCCGAUACUGUUGCCCUGUAAAGUGAAGGGGUGUGGCUGUGUCACCUACCAUUAUGUACCUCGCAAUGGGAGCAUGGCCUUAAGAUGUACCUGUAAACAUUUCUCUGAUGAUCACUCCUCAAAACAACCAUACAAAUGUAAAACAGGUGGCUGUAAAUGUGCAGGCUUUAAGAGCUCCUAUACAUGUGGUUGUGGAGAACCAUACAAUACACAUCAGAUGAUAGUGGAAACUAAGGAAGAGAGAUUAGCUAGAGGUCAUCCUGUUGGUCAAGAUGGAGUGCCCUACCAGGCUAUGGGUGGGCUGACUGGCUUCUCUUCACUAAUGGAAGGCUACAUGAGACUUGACCCAAGUGGUGCAGGUGCACCUCCCGUAGAGUUUUUAGACCAGCCUAUCACUUCAUCAGACCAUCCUUUCUUACGUGGAAAUGUACAAUCUAUCAAACAUCAUCAGACGAAGCAAAGAGCUAUAGCAGGGGGUGCUGGACGUUCAGAUGAGACGGAUGCUGAUCUGGCUGAACGGAUGUCAGCUAUGAGACGCCCAGGGGAAACAGACAUGGACUAUUUUGAACGAAGAUACCAGGAAAGGCAAAAAGCCGAGCGAGGGAGAGGGCGGACAAAAGCGCUUCCUGCCUCUAGAACGGUGGGAAAGAGGACAACUCCUAACAACAAACCACCACCUAGGUCAUGAAGCUUUGACGAUUUUAUUGAUGCUAAUUCAGGGUGAUGAAUUAAUUGUUUAAUGCAACACACACAUGUUAAUUUUUGAAAAGUGGAAGGUAAUCUGAAGUUGAAACAUAUUGACCAUUGUGAAUCGAUCUCUAGUCCAGUCUUUUAUUGUCUUUAUUUAUAUAUAUCCCUAGGUGUUUAGAAAUAUCUGAACAAAUAUCUCAGAAUAAGGCUUAGAGUCCAAGAAUAAGGCUUAGAGCCCAAGAAUAAGGCUUAGAGCCCAAAGCAUCACAAGUACAUACAGUUAUUAUUUGGAGAAAUAAUGCGAAAGAACUUUUUACGUAAGUCACUCAUACUUUUCAACAGAAACAUGUAUUAGUUGAGGAAGCACUGUUACACUGACAACUGUUCUCAUUAAUGGCUAGUAGCUAUAAAAUACAACAAAAUGAUUUGUACCCAAUAUACAGGUAUGGCCAGGGUUUAAAACUUUAUGUGCAUUCCCGGUCUCAUCUACUGAUAAGAUAUUGUUUUUGGGUUAUCUUGUGAACGCCCUUGGUGUUAUCAGUCGAUAAUACUAGCUGUCUAUGACCUAUUUAAUAAUAUAUUAGGUAAUAUAUACAUA